AUGAAGCCAAAAUGCGAGUCUGUGGAGAGAGCUGACGGAAAAGUGAUUAAUAUUGGGGGAAUUGCGGUUGUCCGCAAAAUAGUGGGUUCCAGUUUUAGCUUUCCCUCAGCCAAGGAAUUUUGUAUAAAUAAGAACAGUGAUGAAAUUGAGUAUGGCUUUCAAAAGAUAGUAGAAGAUGGUGUUCGGUCAAUGGCUGAAGAUCAGCAUCUUUAUCUGGAAAUAUUCAAAGGUAACUGGUGGCUUGUUUGGAAAGAAAAUUUUACGAAAAUUUGUGACAAGCAUGCUCCAAUAAAAAGACGUAAAGUACGAAAACAAUCUAAUCCUUGGAUUACUGAACAACUUUUUCAUGAAAAAAGGCUUAAAGCAGAAGGCCUGCAAAACUGGUAA